AUUAAAACGUUCUAAAUCAACUAAUUAUACGAACAGCUAAAUAAUAUUAAUUCUGAAGUUAAGUAUUCACAUUCUUUGCUCUACUGUCAUUGAUAAUGAUUUGUAUUUAAAUUACAGGUCAUAAUGUAAUCUAUUGGAAAAAAAUGGGACCAAAAUCUAAGCUCAAGACAGAAACAACCUCAGAAAAUUCACCGAAGAAAAAAGCAAGUCGUUCCCUCCGGCUGGAGAAACUACGCCAAUACCAAGCCGAUCGUAUAAUAGCGGAAUCUCCGGAGCAACGAGCCGAACGUUUGCUUGCACUUAAACAAUAUCAACGAAACAGGAUCCGCCAGGAAUUGCCCGUCGAAAGGGAGGAACGACUUCAAAAGCUACGCGACGCUCAGAAACGUCGCCUGGAGAAUGAGACGCCGGAACAGCGUGAGAUCCGGCUCGCCACGCUGAGAGCAAACUAUUACAAACGGCGGGGCAAGACUUCGAAACGGAAAAAGAAGAAGAUAGCAUCGAAAACAGACAAUCUUGCGGAAAGUGAGGAUAAGACAGAAACAAAUAGCAAACCAAAACCUGGAUUGAAAAUUAAAAUACUAAAUUUAACAAAACGGGGGAAAGAAAUAGUCGAAUAAUAUUGUACCUAAGACAACUGGAAACACUGAUAUAAAUGCAUGCAUAAAUCAUAAAAAACGA